CUGGGAGAAUACUGGUUGUAGAACCUUGUGCUUUUUAUUUUCUUCGGUUGAAAGCUAUUUAUGGCCUUUUUGUUAAGAUUUGUCUGCAGGUGUUGAUUUUUAUUGUUAGUGUUCGUAAUUCUUUUCCUUCCUGGUGUUUGUUGGAGCUCUGCCCCAUUGUUCUUGUUGGUCUAUUGAAACUAUGGUUGCCCUGGUCAUUUUUACCAGUUUAUAAUGCUCUGUAAACUAAAUAGAAUUUCUGGCUUGAAAGAAUGAGGACCAGAGGGGGAAGAAAUACAGGAGAGGUUGUUCUUGCAGAAGGAAUGUGAGAUGUGGGGGGUGAAAUACUGGGGCUUGUACGCUCCAUUCCAAACUCCUCCCAAAAGGGAUAUCGAUCUUCCAUGAUCUCGACAGCCAUUUUACAAGACAGGAAGCCUUGGUAUCAGAGAGCAAUGGAGAUGGCCACUCUAUGGAAAACAAUUUCUAAAUCCACAGAAAUCCCAACGAGUAAUGCUUCUCUAUGGAAAACAAUUUCCAAAUCCACAGACAUCAAUCCAACCACCAACAUUAAUCCCAAAACACACAAGCUCAAGAAAUGCACCUCCCUAAGGGUAGCCACUUCAUUCACUAGAGUUUGUCUUUGUGCACCAAUCUCCUCCUACACCGAGGUUUUCCGGGCCGAGCUUCCACCGAGAAGAAGCAACACUUACCCAAGAUCGAAGCCAUUUUCCACAACACCCCAAGAAAGGUCACUCCCCAGUGCAAGAAUUAGUAAUGAGGGAAUUGCGAGCGCGAGAAUUAGCAUUGAAGGGAGGAGAGUUUUCCGGGGAAAAUCUUUGACGGAUGAUGUUCUAAUGAGGAGGUUUGUUGUGGAAGAAGAAGCAAUGAUGCAAGUUAGGAGGAGGAACCAAAUGGAGGUGAUUAGAAAGAGGAGUGCCAUGAGAAGGAAGAAGCUUGGGCCUAGUCCUCUGAGUAGAAUGGUAAUGGCAAAUCAAGAGGAUAAUAAUAUUUAUUAGUUGAGAAGAAUUAAUCCUAAGUUUGCUUAUUGUAUGCAAACAUUGAAUUUGUAUUUCCCUCAUAAUUUUUUCCCCUAAAUUGGCUUAAUGGUUUGUAUUUGUAAUGGGCAUUUUUUUUCGCUACACAACACAUAUCCUUUGAAACCCAAUUUACCAAAGCCUAAUAGGAUUGAGAUGAACAACAUUAUCUAUUUUAGUACCCUCAAAGUGCUUUGUAUGAAUGGAUGAUGUAUAUAUAUUAGAGAUAUUUGAAUAAUUAAGAAGCAAUGUGCAUAUCAAAAUGUUAAAGCA